UGGCCAGUGUUGUGGGUAUGAAGACAAGUGUUGAUUUAGUCACUGGUAUUUGAACUUUAGACUUUAUCAAGGGGAGGGAUUGGAGGACAUCGGAAAUGGUUACUGAGGAAGAACACACACGAAUAGUUUCGGUUAGCCAACACAACUUUUUGCUUCUCUGAAAUAAACACUUGCCGUUUAACUAUGCGUUAAAAAUCCAUAAACCGCAACAAUGGCUGAGCUGUGUCAGAACAGAAAGACUUACCAGGACGAGACAAGAAUAUCUAGACGAACUGUGUGGACAACAGGUGACACGAUCAACGGAUGAUUUACUUGAGAGACAGAGAACUGAAGACAAGGAAGAUGGUUUUUCUCUGGUUAUGCAAUCCUCUUCAAUUUGGAUCUUAUCUAAGUAAAUAACUUCCCGGGGAUCCGCCAGUAUGUAUGAGGGGAACUGCAACGGGGCCAUCAGUUCUAAUGAGGGACAUUUUAAUGCCCCUCUGGGAGCAGAGGCACUGCCCUCGGAAGAACCAAGAGAAGAAACGAACGCCUCAGGGAACAACGCAAGCAGUUCGGACUCCCCCAAAAACAGAAUAGCAAGCCAGUUCCGUGCACAUCUGGAAGAGCGGCUGUCUAGGCAUGGUCCUCGGUCGGUGUCUCCCGCGUCCAGCGCUGCCUCCUCCUCGCGCAGAUCCAAGGUCCACAAACCGCCGGAGGGCUGGGAGCCGGGCGCCUCCCGCAAACUGUCAGUGGAUGCUUCGGAGAAAGGCUCCCUCACCCCCGCUAUGCGAAAGAAGUAUCUUAAGGAGUUAUUUCUGAAUAACGGAUCUGGAUUGUCAAGUAUUUUAUUAUCCAAACACAAAUCGUCAGAAGAGGAGGAAAGCGCGGAGUAUGGCGACACCCUGAACUGCGGCUAUGAGCUGUGGGCUUUGGACCCCAUGGAGCACGCGUGGAUGCUUUCUGCUGUGGAUGGAAAUUAUGACACCAUGCUGGAGUUUCUGGCUGAAGAUCCCAGUUUACUGAGCAAAAAAGACUUUAUCAGCGGAUUUACAGCUCUUCAUUGGUUGGCCAAAAAUGGUAGGGACGAGACACUACUUCAGCUUCUCAGGCAUGCUGAAAAGGAGGGUCUGUCAGUGAACGUUAACCUGAGGGGCAGUGGAGGUAUGACUGCUCUUCAUGUGGCUGCCAUGCAUGAGCAGUACAUGGUGGUCAAGGUUUUAGUUGGUGCAUUCAGUGCCAACAUAGACGUCAUGGACUACAAUGGUAAAAGGGCAUGGCAAUAUCUCAAGGAAAAGGCACCGAGAGAAAUGAAGGAGCUUUUGGGAGCCUGGGAUGAACAACACACUGUAGGACACUUGAAUGUGAACAACAGUGCAAGUCAAGCACAGCCAGUUGAAGAACAUGCUCAAGAAAAUAAAGCAGAGGUGGAUGGCUCUGGAGGAAUCACACGCCAGAGAUUCAGAUCAUUUAAGAGGUUGUUGUACAGUGCAGGACUGAUUGAAAAGAUCUGAGACUUCAAAUGUAUUGCUUACGGGUUAAUACUUGGUGCAUUAAUUACAAUUUGAUUGGUGAGACUGGCAAAUAAUUGACUUUGUAAUAGUGCUGUGCAUUAUAUGAUUUGUUAUCUUUUUAAAUAAACAUUGCAAUACUGGA